CCCGGAGCCUGCGCGCUGCGGGCAGCAGCUGGCCGCCGAGCGGGCUGCGGCGCGGAGGCUCGCCGCUGCCGGAGCGAUGGGCCGGGGGCGAUCGCGCCGCCUGUGACCCGGGGGCCGGGAUGCCGCGGCCCGAGCCCAUGCCCGGCUACGGGCAGCUGCUGCAGCGCGGCUACCAGAGCCUGGCGGGGGCGGUGCGGAGCUGCACGGACUGCGGCUGGGAGCUCUCCCGGCGGACCUGGGCCGAGAACGCGUCCCUCGGCUGGAGCGAGCCCCUGCUCUGCCUGCUGUGUGCCAUCGGCUGGACCUUGCUGCGCAGGGCCGCCUCCGGCUGCCUCUUUCGGCCAUUCGGGGAGUGGUGUAACCUGCAGCCAAAAGAUGCUGCCAAGAUGCCCGAGAGCGCCUGGAAGCUGCUGUUCUACACGCUGUCCUGGUCAUACAGCGCCUACCUGCUCUUCUUCACUGAGUACCCCUUCUUCCACGACCCGCCCUCCGUCUUUUAUGGUUGGGAGAAGGGUAUGGAUGUACCCACCGACAUUGGCAUCGCCUACUUGCUGCAGGGCAGCUUCUACGGACACUCCAUCUAUGCCACUGUGUACAUGGACGCCUGGCGCAGGGACUCCAUAGUCAUGCUCAUCCACCACGUGGUGACACUGAUGCUCAUCGUCUUCUCCUACACGUUCAGGUUCCACAACGUGGGGAUUCUCGUGCUCUUCCUGCACGACAUCAGCGACGUGCAGCUGGAGUUCACCAAGCUCAACGUCUACUUCAAGCACCGGGGUGGGAUCUAUCACCGGCUCAACGACGUCAUCUCCGACCUCGGCUGCCUCACCUUCAGCAUCAGCUGGUUCUGGUUCCGUCUCUACUGGUUCCCCCUCAAAGUCCUUUACGCCACCUGCCACACCAGCCUGCAGUCCGUGCCCAACAUCCCCUUCUACUUCUUCUUCAACGCCCUGCUCUUCGCCCUCACCCUCAUGAAUGUCUACUGGUUCCUGUACAUCGUCCUGUUCGUGGCCAAGGUGCUGACAGGGCAGAUGCAGGAGGUGAACGACGUGCGUGAGUACGACCUGGAGGAGAGCGAGAAAACCACAGGGCCCCGGAAAGUGAGCGAACUCCAGCUCCCCAAAUCCUGGAAAGAAGGGAAACACCUGAAGAACGGGCUGAUAAAGGACAAACGGUUAUAAGGGAACCGCUGUUGACUGGGCAGCCUCUGGGGACUGACCCGGGGCCCUCCACAAACCCAGCGAAGGAGAGAGCCCCGUGGAGAAGGCGUGCAAGACCCCAACCCCCCUCAACCUCUGCCUGGAGCUGGGGAGCAGCUGGCAGCUGACGGAAACAGUCCACUCCUCUCGGCUCGGCUCUGGCCAGGCUCCAGUUGAUGCUGACGUGGUUUCUCGAGCCAGUUUGCACUGGGCACCCUGCAGGCUGUUGGACGGGUCGGCUGAGAUGGGGGGGUGGUUUUCCUAGCAAGGUCCAGGUCAGAUAUGGAACUUGCUUUCGGUUACCUGGGAUCUCCCGUGCCACCCCCACCCCUUCGCCAUCCUCUCUCUCUGUGAUUUCCCCAGACCUGGCAAGUUGUGGGAUCCCAGGCAGCUCUGGUCUCUGGAGCACUGACUAACGCCGUGGAGCGGGUGAGGGGCUCGAAGCAGGGAGGCAAACGCCCCUCCCCUUCGGCACCGGUGUCCCAGCUGUUUGUAGCUUGCAAACAGGGAAUGGCGACAUACCGUAGGGAGAAGUGUUGUGCUGCUUUGAGCCCUGCUGUAAGUGCAUCCAGGGGUUACUCCACAGAGCAACCCAAGCCCCUGCCUGGAACCCACCCGUGCCAGAGCCUCGAGGAUUCUCCCAGGAGGUGCAGCGGGCAGCAGCCUCCUGAGGCUGAUCAGACAGGUCUGCCGUCCGCCCGCUGCUCCUUUAACCCCUUAGGAGGCCAGUGCCUGGGAUCAGGGAGAUAAGGGACAGCUGCUCCCUCUAAGGUCUCCUCCCUCGAUGAAUCCUCUGGCCUGAGAAACCUUCUCUGGCUAAAACAAAGGACUCACUGAAGCCCUGAGUGAUGCGGUUUUCCAGGCUGUGCCAGUUCUGAGCUUUGCAUCCUGCAGGCUGGGCUGUGCUGCGUGCGUUUCCGCUCAGUGGGAAAGAAACCCUGUGGAAUUUUGCACACAUCCCUCCCCCUGGAUCUGAACUCAUCCCAUCGCAAUACCACGGCAGUGUCGGCCCUGUGCCCGCUGCCUGCUCCUCUCUGAGGGACCUAACUCCAAGCCAGGGGGACAAUAGGACACUGAAGGGAAUUGCAGCCGGCCUGCCAAGGGUUAAUCCAAACUGGCAGGGGGUGAGGGGCUGCUUGUUUUUCCUGUCCCUUGCUUAGAUGCAAACCCCAGAUAUUAUGCUGCAUAAGCCACAAAGAGACUCCCUGGAAUGCAUCUGAGUCUGGGAGGUAACAUGAAAACAUGACCCAGGUUGUUAGAAAUCCCCCAGUUCUGGCUGGGGCUGCCAGUCUCCCCCCAGCCAGCCGAACUAGACAGGACAGGAAAUUAAACAUCCCACCCACUGUGUGCUUCUGUUCCCUGACUUUCAGACUGGGUUUUGCAUGGGGUUCAAUGGGGAAACAAAUACUGCAGAGCCUGAUCCUGCUCUCAUUCCUUGUGGUGUAAAUCAGGAGUGACUCCACAGACGUCAGGGGACUGCAGAUGGUGUCUAACCAGCAGGAGUGUUAAAUUUGGUAACUUGUAGUUCAACCAGGGCCUGUGCUUUAAAAGCAGCUGGCUGCUCUAGGGCCCAUUAGCAGCUGCAGCUGUGCGAGCAGGCGGGCUCAGCGAGGAGAGGCAGGGUUGAAUACUGACGCGUGGCCGACCCAAGUGCUGGGGCAGGCCUGGGCACCGUGAGGCCGUUGCUGCAGGGUUCUCUGGCAGGUUUCCUAGGGAUUCGUGUCCUGCUCUGGACAGAUGAGUUGAAGAGUCAGGACAGAGCCAGCUGCAGCAGGAGCACUUGUGUGCUGGUUAACUGGCCUGACUCUCUUGGGGAUUGAAGGGCCAAUCCACCCUGGCCCUGCACCGUGUAUCGGCAGUUACACCUGUGCAAAAGUGGCUGCUGGAUCAGAACUGUCCCCUUGCCACCAGCAUGCCCACUUUGCACAGGGGUGAUCGCGGGACCGGGCAGGGCAGGGCCAGGAUGGGGCGUUGAGUCUGCAGCCAGCUUAAAUGUUUAUUUAGUCUGGUUAAACGAUAGACCCACUGAUGCAGAUGCGGCCAAAGCUCAGCCCAGGAACUGCAGCCCCCAGCUUGCAACGCUCUAUUCCUGAGUGGCCAGGCCCGGGCUCGGUGGGAUGCAGCAAGCGAUGGGCUGCUCCCUGCAUCGCAGCUGGAAAUGGCAGCUGGAUGGCUUAUUUUCCUUUUAUUAUUUAAUUCCCCCACUCCACUGAUUAGCUCCAGUCACAGGGUGCUCCAGGGCCUGGCCAGGGCAGGGCUGGCACAGGAUGAGCAGGCUUUGUUGUAGAUACCGGGUAUGUCUUUCACUCGGCAGGGAACCAGUUGACAAGGUUGGUGUGGAAGUUAACAGCCCAUCAGGUUGGAUGGCAGGGCUGGGGGAGCGACAGACAGUCAGGAGGUGCCAUUGGUGGGGGAUGGGGACGUGGGACCCUGAUCACUGCAGAAUUGUGGAUCUCAAGGGAGGAAACUUCACACAUGGCCGUCUCCUUCCCCAAGGCACCAAGCCGACACCCGGACAGGCUGGGUGCCUUACAAGUGGGGCAGGAGAAUGGCCUCAUUCCUGUCUCCAGGGCGGGUUUGAUGGUGGGCAAUGCAGGGAGGUGAUGGGGUGGGGGGGCUUUGUGUGCUGAUGCCCAGGAAGGGCCAGUCUGGAAUCCCCCGGUGCAGGCUACGUGGGACAGCGCAACCCGCCUGCCCUGGUUUAGUGGUGAUGCCAGAGCCUAGCUAGGGUCUGGCCAUCGCCCCUGUGAGCAGCUGGCCAGCUGGCUCCUAUGCAGCCCCCUCCCGCUCUCCGUCCGCCUGCCACAUGCAGUGGCCACGGUCCCCCCAUCUCUCUCCUGCUGCGGGCCGCUGUCUUCUCAGCGGGGCGCACUGGAAAGGCCCCGGGAUGCUCGGUGGGCUACCGGCAGCAUAAGGCCUCGAGGUGGCUUCACGCUGCAGCCGGAGAUGCAAAAACCCUCCAUCGCCCCCCCCGCGGCCCCCCAGCCAUGGGGCAGCUGAGCCAGCAUCCGGGCUGCCCUGUCCUGCACUCAGCUGCUUUCCCUGGGGGUGACUGGGUGGGGGUGGCCCGGGCAGGGCUAGGUCAGUUCUGCCCGCUCAGGGGCAGCACAUCCCGGGCAGGGCCCAGCCGGGCAGGGGUGAAGCCGAGGGAAGGGGGUGCCAGGCAGCCCCCCCGGUUUAGCAGAAGACGGAGGCUGUGCAAGGCAAAGCCACCGCCCCUCGGGCUCCAGAGGGUUAAUGGGCUCCCUGGCCUGGGGGCUUGUUCUCACUCCCCUGCCCAAUCCAGGGAUGCCUCGCUGUAACUGAGCCCUCGCCAGAUCAAAGGCUCCAGCCGCGCAAUCAACACCCCGCUCUUGCCUGGUGGCUGCGGACGCCCUCGAGAGAGCCGGGCUCCGGCACUGCGCUUUGUCUGCCCGGCUCGGCUCGGCUCGGCCCGGCCCGGCCCGGCCAUGGCCCGGUUUGCAGCUGGCCUCCUCUGGGCGCUGCUGGGCGCGGCGCUGGGGAGCCGGCUGGAGCCCCCGCUUUUGAAAUCCCUGGGCCUGAGCGCCAAGCCGACCCCCAGGGCCCCGGCGCCGGUGCCCGCCGUGCUGUGGCGGAUCUUCCAGCGCCGAGCGCUGCCUUCCCGCGGGGACACGGCGCCCGGCCGCGCCUGCAGGGUGGAGGAAUUUAAUGUCCCGGGGAACAUCAUCCGUGUCUUCGCUGACCAAGGUACAGAGCCUGCGGGAUGCUGGUGCCUGCCGGGCCCCGGGGGGGCCCUCGGGGUUUGGGGCAGGGCUGGGGGCCAGCCCGUCUGGGGUUGCUUCCUCACCCCCCGGCUGCGGGCGCCUUGCCCCGUCUGGGAGCCUUUGCGUCAGGCCGAGUGGUGUUCGCUGGCGAGAGGCAGUGGGGGCCAGUGGUCGGAGCAAAAGACUGGGCCCUGGGACUCCUGGGGUCGAGUAUCAGCGCUGGGCCUGACUCGCUCUGCAAGCUCAGGCAGGCCGCUGCUCGGUGCCUCAGUUUCCCCAGCCAUAACGUGGCAAAUAAUCUCUCCAGGGUGAGAUGAGUAGGAAUGUUUGUGAGACACGUUGGGAUCCUGCAGGAUAGUGCUAGGGCGACCAGAUAGCAAGUGUGAAAAAUCGGGACAGGGGUGGGGGUUUGGGGGGGUAAUAGACCUCUAUAUAAGAAAAAGCCCCAAAUAUCAGGACUGUCCUUAUAAAAUCGGGACAUCUGGUCACCCUAGCUGUGGCUGAGUUGUUGUUGUAUCUCCACCCUUGCCCGCUUCCUCUGACAUCCUGGGAGGGACUUUUUCUGUGACUGGUGCUUAUCUAAAGAAACCACCAGGGCAGAAGACGCUGGGGAUGUGAUUUCAGAGCCCUGUAACGCACUUCCCCGGAGCACUGUCCUGGCCCCGUCUGAUACCCACCCUUCAGUUCUGUAAUACGCCUAAAUGGCAGGGCCUUUAUUUCCCAUAAGCAUCAGGCCUCCCCAGAUUUUAAAGGAACUGGGGACAGUGGGGCUGGAGUUACGGUUCCUUAGCUGGGUGCGAUUAACGCAGCUGCUGCGUCUCCAGUGGCUUAGCUCAGGUUUGCAUUCUUGUCUUCCAGUGAGGGCAGAGAAUGCAGAAAAGAUUGAGCGCCCAGUGCACUGGGGACUGGCACACCACCAAGGCCUGACUGGUUUUCUCUUUGAGCCUGGCUCCCACCCCAUCAUUUGAUCCUUGUACCUUAGCUGGACUUGCAGCACCUCCUGCUGUUUCAGCCCUGGGCCUCUCCGGGCCAUUCCCCGUUGUUUGCUAGACCUCAGGAUGAGGCCCCACUAAACUCGCUUCUUUAGUGAUCUGUUGUUUCCAGGUGAAAUCAGGGUCUGAGUCCAAAGGGCCCAGCAGACCGGCCCUGUUCUAGCAGUUCUUGGUACAGCAGCACCAAAAUGAGCAGUACCUUCUGCACUCCGUGCUGUGAAGGAGGCAGGUGUUACCCUUCUCUUACAGAUGGGGAAGCUGGUCUAGUCACUCUCCUAGGAUCAAACAGCGAGCGGCAGAGAACCCACGAGUGCUGACUCCCAGUUCUGUUCUUCAGCCACAAAUUCAGACUACUCAGCCCCAAAGCUUACGCAGCCCUUUGCCUCUGGUGCUGGCUCUGGCUUGUUACUCUUGUGCAGUCUGCCACUUUCUCUUAGCCAAGCAGCUUUCACCCAGCAGCAGGGACUCGUGGAUAAUUAUUGCCAUGGGGAACCUCUGCUGUGGUGAAGCUUCCAGAUGAUGCCAGGGUAGUGGGAGCCUCGCGCCCCAGCAGUGACUGGCUGAGGGGGCAGCUGUAUCUUUAAAAUACUGCCCUGAACCAGGGCCCGGUGUGUGAGCGAACUCUCCGGGUUGCCUGUAUCCUCUGGGGGGCAGAGAAGCACACCCCUCAGCUCCCCACCCGCAGCAUGGAGCGGGAUCGCAUCCUCCCUCCUCGCACUGAUCAGAGGGUGGGAGAGAAUCUGUCAGACUCGUUCUGUUCCUCAGGAGAGCCCUGACUUUGCACUGGGAGAGUCGCAGAGCAGAGCUGAGUGUGGACACGGACAGCGUGCGGCCUCCAGGCGCAGGCUGAGCCAGGAGUGUAGUUGAUGGUCAAGGCGGGUAUUGGGGAAGUGAAGUUUGCCCGCUUCUCAUCUGGGGAAUGAGGAGUUCAGGUCAGGUUUAUCCACUUCCUUUUUGGCUGCUUUGCUACUGCUCUGAAUCUCACUAUGUGUGUGGGGAGGCCCCUCCUGCUCAAAGAACGAACGCCACCUCCUCUGUUUUCCUUCCCUCAGGCCACUUCAUUCACAGUGGGGAGCCCAAGACUUUCCUGUGUCUGGAGAAACGUCUGUACUUUAAUUUCUCUGUGUUGGAGGAGGGGGAGCAACUGACAAUGGCUCAGCUGGAGAUCAACUUCAGCCACAACUCCUAUCACACUUCCAGUGGCAGGCAGGUCUUUGAGCUGCGGCUGUACCAAGCCCUGCAGAUGUCUCUGCGGGGAAUGUCCUCCCACAUGUACAACCACAAGCUGCUGGUGGCGCAAUCCUUCGCGCAGCUGCACAAGUCCCUCCUCUUCAACCUGACCGAAGUGGCAAAGGGCUGGAGAACCCCCAGCAGGAACCUGGGCUUGAUCCUGGAGAUCUCGGUGGGCAGCAGGGACAGCGCCUUGGCCUUGCCGCCCCGAAGGCUGCAGAACCUCUGUGCCAGCAUCGACUCCUUCCUUGACACCUCGCUGUUGGUGGUGUCCCUCAAUCAGAAGCAGUGCCAGGCCUCCAGGAAGAGGCGAAGCUCCUAUUAUACCCCGGUCACUCCAAGCAACCUCUGCAAGCCAAGGCGGCUCUACAUCAGCUUCAGUGACGUGGGCUGGGAGAACUGGAUCAUCGCGCCGCAGGGAUACAUGGCCAACUAUUGCCUCGGGGAGUGCCCCUUCCCACUGACGGCAGAACUCAACAGCACCAACCACGCCAUCCUCCAAACCAUGGUGCACUCCCUUGACCCAGAAGGAACCCCCCAGCCCUGCUGCGUCCCAGUGAGGCUGUCCCCCAUCUCCAUCCUGUAUUAUGACAACCAUGAUAACGUGGUGCUGAGACACUAUGAGGACAUGGUGGUUGAUGAGUGUGGCUGCAGAUAAUGGAGCUGCUGGUCGAGAUGUGAAUAGGGAAUCGAAUGGGUCUCAGAGAACGGUCAACGGUUGGAGUAACGGAUUUUUGGUUGAUGUAAUAGGUCAAAACGUAUUAAAUCUCCUUCAUGUGGGUGGGUAGGGACCCUCCCUUCCAUCCCUUGGUGCAGUUAAUGGCAGAACUACCCCUUUGAUGCAUAGUGGCAAAAUGCAACCUCAAAGGGGAAGCUCUUGACUUCUGGCAUCAAGAGGAUAAUGCAGUUUGGGAUUCUAAUGUGAGGCUGAUUGGCUGGAGGCAUCAGGCUUCCAAACUCCCACCUGCUGGUGGUUUCAUCCACCUGGAGCCUUGCUGGGAACCUGGUGAAAUCUAAUGGUGAUAGUCUGAGCCUCCCCACCUCCCUCCUCAUGCUGCCCCAGUGCUGAGCAGAGGAUGGUGGCACCAGCUUGUCAGUCCCUGCACUCCCCUCCCUGUGCCGCCUUCCUCGGUUCUGACCUGGAGGCACUGGCGUAUGGCUGGAGCUGGUGCCCAUGACAUUGAAGAAUGAGUUCUUCAGUGCCCCAUAGGCCCCGCACCCUUAGCUUGCCCACGCUGGUAGGAACAGCAGCUCUGUCCACCAUUGCUCUAAGGAGCAGCUCAGCUGGAGCCUCAGCUUCUUGAGCUAAGUGGUGUGAGCUUAGCAUGGAUUUAUUUUUCCAGAACAGGAAGACAAUUUGGCUAAAUUCUGCCUUCUUUCCAGUGAGUGAAGAAAUGACCAGGCCUUUCUCCUCCACUGGGCUGCACUGCAACUAAAACAUUACCUCUGCCUGGAGCCUGCUAACGCAUUGCUCUUGAAAGGGCAUUACUGGUACCGGCUAUUAGAUGCCAGGGCAGAGGACGACAGUGGGGCCUGGGGAAGCGAAGUGACUCAGGGUGAAGAGGUAUGUUCUCAGACUGAGAGAACUCUCACUGGAACAUCCUAGCAAUGUAAAACACACCUCUUUGUGGUGAAGACGUAGCCUAAGAGGUCAGGCUCUGGCUUUUGAAUAAUGCAAGAAGCCUGGCUUGGAAAAUUUGGCCUAAAUUUGUUUUUUAAGGAGCCAUCAAUUUUGGGUGUCCAACUUGAUGGAGGGGUGCUGACGUUGCAGGAAAAAAAAUCCCCGUGGCCAAACUAUUUCAAAACAAAUUUAAAGAAUCAAUGAAUUGUCUGUAAAGUAUACGUGUUACCCAUUGAGCAUGAAUCUAGUCGACAGCUGGCAAUCAGGCAGAUGGCUGCAGAAAGCAGUAGAAAGAUGAAUAGACAAGGUCUCCUUUUAAAAAAGUUUUCACCUUGAUUAUUGUCAGAGUUCUCUCAGUAAUAGGGACAGAAAACUAUUCCCCGCCUCCUAAUAAUUAUCUUAGGCUAUGUUGCACUAGAUAAGCAGCCAAUACCUAACCAACAUCCUAGUAAAUGAAUAUGGGGGGUGGGGGUGUAGAGCAGUGGCUUGUGCAAUUAUGUAAUGCACUAGCCUGUCACCCGUGGAGCAGUGAGGACUUGGCUCAGUGAAAGUAGCUUAAGAGUCAUUUUAGCAUGAUUCCAGCUGACUCCAUAAGGGUUUAACACUGUUUGUAGCAGGACCUAUGGCUACUUAAGUUCUUUACUUAUUGCACUGUUGAAACAGAUUGUGCAUGUUAAGGCAUCAGUGGUAUGUCCAAUAGACCUCUUGGACCAGCAAUGGCAUUGUGAAAGGCAGCUCGAGUUUGCUAUAUUCAAGUCAGUUGGGUGAGGACCCUCUCUCUCUCCAACACCUAUGAAUGAAUUGCUGAAGCUGCCUGUCCUUCAGAUGAGAGGUAGGAGAUGAAAAACAGGAAAAGGGAUGACUUCUUAGUACAGAAUUCCACAGGGAUCCUUCACAGCUGCAAUGCUUAGCCUGAAGUCCGGAGGAGCUGGGGCAGUUGAAGUUUUAGUAGGUCUCCACCUACAGUACCAUGAGCCAGCACUGUCUGAAAAUCAAUCAAUCAGUUUAUUAGCUAGGGCCAAGGGAUAGGUGGCUGAGGGAUGGCCUGUUUUCUUCAAAGUGGGAUUCAUGUUAAAAUAAGAUUGGGGGGCUGGGGAAUGUUUGAAGCCUGGGCAAAGUUGCCAGCUCAUUCCAGUCUUUAAAGUCAUCAACCACAGCUGCUCAACUGAAGCCGUCAUGUGACUUGAGUAAUCCCUACCAGUGCAACUUUCCUCCCCUUCCAGCUGAAAACUUCUGAAAUCUCCCCCUUGCACUGAAGUGUUUCUCUGUGACUGAAUUUUAGACAAGUUACCAUAGCAGAACCCCCCCCCCCCCACACACACACCUUCCAAAGGCACCAAGCACUGAACCUCCCCCUCUUCUGGUGUAGCUAAAAGAACAUAGCAGUUGCUAGCUACCGCUACUUUACAAGUCACAGGGCCCUACACUUUAGAUCUGUGCACAGUAGCAACCUCUACGUGUGGAUGUCAAACUGGAGCUCAAAGUAAAGUUUUGCCUUUCAGUGACAAAUACAGGACAAUUAUUUUAAUCGCAGUGUUUUUUUGGGGGGAAGAUAAGCAGCAGCAAGGAAUCUGAAUUAGACUUGGAACUGUUUUUUAAAUGUCAGUCAGAUUGAAACUAGUGGAGACUUGGUUUUUUGUAUCUACCUUGUAAUGUGUCUUGAUAGAAAGGUUUCACUAAGUAUUAACAGGAAAGACCUUUGUCCCUAUGGGGAAACUAAAAGGUUUAUCCACUUAUUUUAAUUAAUUUGCAAAGACAAUGUCCUUUCCCUACCCUACCCAAUGAAUGUGUUGUGCUAAUGGAUAUACCCAAAUCUUUGUUGAACGGGAGCAAGUAAGGCUGAGCACUUUAAGGCUACCACAGUUCCACACAGGUGACCUACUAUUAUGCACUAACAUUUUCAGGUACCCUCUGCACCACAGUUUAGGAAGCUAACUGAUGCACAGACAUAGGCUACUGUGGUGUUCUAAGACAUUUUACCCCCUAUUAUUCUGUACAGUGAAAAAGAACUACAUCAAAAUCUAGCAUCUAAUUCCUUUAUUAAAUGUUUGAUGCUAGUCAGAUUAGUGACUAUGGUUUAUAAGAACUACCAAUUACUCAAAUUUAUAAAAUAUUUAAGAUGUGGCUAGCCACUUGAGUUUAAGAAAUCUGUCAAUUUCUUCUGAAAAAAAACUAGAAAGUAACAGUGACAGGCUCAAAAAUCUGAUCGGCUAGUGUUUUUCUUUUUAAAUACUUACCCUCACCUCUUAAUGUGGAGUUAACUCUUGGAAUUAAACAAACUUGAAUUUCUAAGAAAGAAAAGGGAUUUUAGCUUUUGUUAUACUGAAUGUUUUGAAAAAUUAGUCUACAGCAGAUUAAGGAACUCAAAGCUCAGUUCAUUUAGGCCACCUUGUGAGGGAGGUUUUUGCUUUCCAUCUAAAUCUUCACUUGCAUUUACCAAAGCACAAAAAGAGAUGGAUUAAUGGGCUCUGUCCUAUCCACUGUGCAGUCCAAACAAUUAGAGGAUUCUCACGCUAGCAGGGAAAGAGCUAUAACCAUGUGCAAUACUUUGUGGACCAGAGUGGACACAUGAAAUAACUACUUCAGUGAUCACAGCCCCUGUGAAGAUGCCAGUGCACUAACAUGAAGUAUGCUCACAACAUCAGCAGCCUGCUAAACUAAGCUGAGCUUGUGCUUCAGUCAGAAAGCAGCGUGAAAAAGUUUACUGUAUUUGUACCUUAAAUAGUGCUACUUUCAAAUGCUUGCUGCACCAAAUGCAGUUGGUGGUGUCAAGACUGGGCCUAUCAAUCUAAACUAUUAAGUCAGCAUGUGUGUGUGAGCUGAACUUUUUAUUAAAAGGACUUAUUCAGUUACUAUGUUGUCUCAGAUUUACCAUCAGAGCCAUGAUCAGAGCAAAUCUGAGUUUUGAUGAGUGACAGCUGCCCACUAAACAUGCAACUUGAAAGGGGGUCAGAUGAAAGCCUUAAAAGGGUCUUGCCAUUACUUCCAAUGGGUUUUAUGCAAGGAAGUAUUCCCAGCCUGGAAGAAGUAAGCUCUAGCCAUCAAUAUUAAAAAAAAUCAAGCUCCUCUAACAGCCUUUCAUAAAAAGGGGAACUGAUUACUGCCAUAUAACCUCUAUGUAACAUCAAUGCAUGGGCACAGAAUGCCUCAGUGGGUUUCUAAACAUUCCUAUGGCAUGCACAUCUGGACAAGACCCAAAGGAGGGGGUACAGGUGGGGUACUUACCUUUAACAAACUUUUCACAGUUCAUUUGCUUAUCCAUGUAUGCUAUAAACACACCACACUUUUGUACUAGUAUGUGUUAAAAUGUAAUAAACUUGAAGUUUAUACAAUCAAA